AAUCAAAAGAAGCAACAAAGAAAAAAUAAGAAGUUUUUACAUAAGGAUAUCUAAUAAAAGCAAAAGAGUGGAAACGGAAAUUUUAUGGCUGUUAAAGCCGAAUAUGCUUAUCUCCUUGAAUUUAUCUCGUAAGAUUUACAAAAAACAGAAAGAAAAAACUACAACGAGUAUAACAAAAGACUAUUAACUAUUAUAAGAACAUUUCCUAUCUACUAACAUGAAGAACGCUAAGAAUAUCAACACAUAUCUUACAUUCACUAUUUUCUUAUUACAUGCUUUUCAUUCCGUAAGAUGUUUACAUUUGAUACAUGUUGAGAUACCUGAAUAUGUUGACAUUCGUGAUGUGGUCACACUUAGCUGCUCUUACAACAUGGGACGCGAUAAACUCAACUCUAUAAAAUGGUAUAAAGACAAACAAGAGUUCUUCAGAUACGCUCCAAUGAUGGAUCAGCAAAUAUCAACAUGGACAGUUGAUGGUGUCAAUUUAUACAAGGAGCAUCCUUUUAGAUGUAACAAACAAGCA